AUGGACUUCGGGCAGGCGUGGCCGCUCCUCUCACAGUGGGGGACGGCCGCAUUUGGAGCAGCGCUCGGCCAGUUUGUCCGCGAAUGCCCGCAGCACUGCCAUAGCGACGGCGACUGCCGAGGCGACCCCAUCAUCGGUGCGGCUCCCGCGCCGCUGCCAGCGGCCGAGGCCCCAGCGAUCCUCAUGGAGGUCUUCUUCCUCGGGGUGCUCGCUGGCGUGGCCAUCGCGCUCUCAGUGCUGUCGCCGCCGCAGGCGGCCACCAUCAGCGGCUCUCAGGCGCCUGCGAGAGCCGGCGGGGAGGCGCCAACAGGAGCGGUCCAGAGCGGCAAGACGGGCGGCAACGGCUCUGUGAGUGCGAUGGCGGCGGCAGGAGCCGCUGCCGCUGCCGUGCUGGACCGAGGCUCGGCAGCCUGGGUCCACUACGGCGCCGCCGAGCAUCAUGCUAGGCUGGUGGGCGCACGCGUGGAGAAUGAUGAGUACGUUGUCGCGUCCCCCGAUUACGACUUGUUCAUAGAACAGCUCAGCCUGAACAGCGCGGAUCUCGAGGGGGAGUCCAGUCCUGGCAGCGUGCUAUACACCUUCGCCCCGCUGACCGUUGCCGAGAUCAGCGGGCUGCUCGCGGAGGCGGGCCAGGUCUGCAACCUCGAGCGAACCCACCGCGGGCUCCCGCGGCUGGGCGAGGCCGCUCGCGCGCCUGGCGGCGCCGCGGCGGUGGCGAUACCCGUGCCUGCUGUCGCCCCCGCGCCUGGAGGAGCCCGCCUGGCUCCCGCAGGCGGCGUUUGGGUCCCCACUGAGCCCCUCGUUGGUCACGACAUCGGGGCCGAGUUCGCGCUGCCCGUGGGGGCCGCGGUGCUGGGGACGAGGGCGCUGGUGGUCAUCGACGGCUCAGUCGCCAGCCUCGAGAUGCUCGCGGAGGGGGUUGACAUCACAUGGUGGCCCUCGCUCGCAGUCCUCUGUGGCGACCCGAGGAUCCCGGCGUGGGCCCCGACAGAGCGCGCCCUGGUCGAGGCCGUCGGGCUCAUGACCGCAUGCGCUCGUCAGUCUGAGGGGUUGCCUCCGUCUCCUUUGCUGCGGCCGUUUGUCGGGGCCGAGUGGAUCGAUUCAGUGAUCAGGGGCGGCGUCGCAAGCCUGGUCGCACGUGCGGACAAGUGGCGUAGCGACAGUGGUGCGAGGCAACACAGCUCGGCCGCCCACGAACACUCCAUCCUCCAUCGCGCAGUCCACCUGCUGGCGACGGUCGAUGGGCUGAACGUCAAGAACAUGGUGGGGGUUGAGCUCCUCUUGCGACGGAUCACGUUGCAUAAGGAGGCAGUGGCCGAGAACCCCGACGCCCUGAGCUACGAGGGCGGUCUCCCCCCCCUGCCCGACGCCCCUCGUCGCCUUCGCCCUGGGAACGGCAGCGGGGGGAAGGCGCGGCUGCACCGCGAGCGGCGGGCGGCCGUCCAAUCGGCGGCGCAGGAGGCAGUCGACGGCCUGGGCCUGCUCUUCGGGCGCGACCCGCGGGAGCUCUCAGCGCCGCCGCUGCGCGAGGGAGCUGGUGCUGACGUCGGCCGCAGCUCCGCGCGCAGUGCGAUUCACCGACAUCUGUUAGCGACUAUCGCUUCGGGACUUCCCGAUCAUGUACAGAGCGGCCACGGCUCUCUCUGUGAGUUGGCUGGUAGCAUCGUGGACUACGAGACGCUUGCAUGCGCGGUCGGGCCAUGCGACCCGACCGAGGUGUCCUUGCCCAAGGUGCAGGUCUCGCCCGUCGAUUUGAUUUAUAUCGUUUCUCCCGAGCUCGGCCGCUGUCUCGAUCUCGAGAACAUGUUGGCCGAUGCCGACGUUGUCGAGCACGGUCUGCGAUGCGAGCCCGCGGGGUCCGACGCCGACGCCCCGAUCCAGGGGGGCGAGGACAUCGAAGUCACGUUCCUCAGAAGCCUCAUCGAUUGCGGGUUGAUGCACCAGCGUCUACCCCCCUCGGAGCGGGCCCCUCGUAGACGGGCUCUGGCGGCCGACCUGGGCCCCCUCGUGGACGCCGCGGCCUCGGACGCGGGCCCCCGGGACCUCGACGUGCUCGGCGGCGCCCCCUCGGAGUUGACCCGGCAGCCUCGCGCGGGCGCCCCCAAGACUCCGCAGUCCACCAUCCUAGGGCGUUCAUCUUCUGCCGAGCACCUGCAGCUGGUCCGACGCCUGGCGGCCCUCUCGAUUGCGACGGGCUCCUGGGUGGCGCACAGAUGGGCGCCGAGCGAGUUCAAUCCCAAUGCUCCGUCUCGUCUGUUCGACCAGUUGACUAAGGCGCGGUCUACGCCCUAUGAAGCGCCUACGCCGGAGGCCGCUGGGACCCCAGUGGGGGUCGAGCCGCGGCGGACGGUGCCAUCGGUGGGCCGCGGCCGAGGGCGUGGCGCCCCGAGGCGGCGCGCCGCUGCGGCCCCCUCUCCUGCUGCGCGGCCGCUGGCCCUGACGCUUGGGCGCCGAGCUCAGACGGGCGGCCUCGGCGCCUGCGAGCUCGCGACCGUAAGUUCCAAGGGCGCGUCCGCGCGCGCGCACUUCGAGGGCUUGUUCCGCGCGCGGCGGCAGCGCCGAGGCAGGCCCACCAACGACCGCAGCGAGCUCGAGGUCAACCUGCUCGACUACCUGGACGAGCUCCCGGCGGACAACGCGAAGCUCGCCCACGCCGAGAAAACGGCGCGCGGCCUCCUCUACAGCACCCUGCCAGGCAAGAUCCGCGACUACUCUCGGCUCCAGCGAGCCCUCGAGGGAUGCAAAAAGCGGCUCCCGCCUGUCAGCAGAAUGCCGCUGCCGAUCGAGGUCGAGUCAGGCGUCUGCGCCCUUCUCAUCGGCGACGGCGAGGGGGCCGCGGCCCCGUGCGUCGAGACCGUCUUCGCGGGCUCCUGCCGCCCUGGGGAGGUGCUCCGCGCCGCAGUGGGCGACUUGGAGAGGUUGCUGCCGUCAAAGACCCAGGCCUUCGAUGACGCCGUCGCAUUCGACUACCCGGGCUGGCUGGGCGACGUCACGGGGGCCCGGCUCGGAGUCGAUGCGUCUUUGUGCCAGUUGCGCCGUGGUGGUGCCUCAGAUGAUCUGCUGAAGCGCCGCCGUGCCUUGGGUGAAAUUCAGUACCGCGUCAGAUAUUGGCGCAUGGGCCUUCGCGUCCUCGUCCAUCGUUGCUUCCUGGCGGUGUCCAAAGACGAUGGCUGGCGCACUGGCCCCACCAUGGGCAUCAGCGUGGUUCGUGAAGUCCAGUCCUGGCCGCACCUCUACGCCUUCCAGCUGGCGACGGCUGCAGCGCACCUUGGCACCCCCACCCGUUACCCGAUGGCAGCAGUACUGACGCUUGGGCAGGCGCGUCCUAUCAUCGUGGUUCAGACUCGUGAGUGGUUUCGGAGCUGCUGGCUGGUCGGCCCCACCAUGGGCACGGUGUGGAUCGCGGAGUGA